AUGCAGCAGAUUCGUUUGGUCGCCUGGACACUGGCGCUGCUGGUGGCGCAAUCGGCCCGUGCCAAUCUGGCCGGUGAAAGUACCGUGACGACGGCGACCGGUAAGCUGAUCGGUGGCUCCCCCUCGUUGCCGGCAUCGUCGGAACCCCUGUCCUUCGGAAGCCUGUACCGGAGCGCCCGGGAUGAGUACGGUGCCGCCCGGGGGCGUUGCUCGAACUGUGGACCGGGCUACGAACGGGACAUGCGUACCGUGGGCUACGGCCGACCGACGGCAAACGGCGUUACCGGGUUCUACAGCGGGAUGGGUUCGAUUCUGGACGAUCGCAACUGGUACUACCGCCCGGAAGGCUACGAGCCGAGCUAUCCGUCGCAGCAAGCGUACGGCGGCCCGGCCAGCAACCGACAGCCGCCGGCGUACAUGGGCGGCUACGACUACGAUCGUUACAUGCACCGUCCGGAUGACCGCGGUUACGGUGGGUACCCGGCGAUGGCGAUGAGAACCGGAUACGGAUACCCGGACGGCGGUGGUAGCGGCAGCAGCAGCAGCAGCAGGAUGCCGUACUAUCCCGACAUGAUGAUGCGCGGCUACGGUUACCGGGGCAACGGCUACGACAACUUGGAUCCCCAGUACGAGUACUACAUGAUGCAGCGGGGCGGAUCCAGCAGUGGCUACAAUAUGCACAAUCGAGAUCGCAACGGCUACUACGAUGAUCGAAUGGGCAACCGGGGUUACUACGACCAGAAGAACUUCCGGCCGUGGGACGAAACGUACAGUCGUCCCACCACCUCUUCCUCCCCGUCAUCAUCAUCAUCACAAUCGUCACCCUCAUCCGCAUACGGCCAUCCAUCCUACCACUCCCAAACGGCAUCGGCGGCAUCAUCAUCUGUCCAUACUGGCUACGGUGCCAGUGAAGGUAGUCAACAGGGAUACCGACCGGAGCAGCAGCCGCACAGUCCCGAUCGACCGGACUACAGCCGGCAGCCAACGGAUUCGAACGGCUGCCGCAAUCGAUACCCGGAGCAGUCACCAGCACCACAAAAUGGCUACCACCACGGUAGCGGUGGAUCGGCACCCUACGCCGGUCAGCGGCCUUCGUCGGCCCCCGGAACCUGGAACUACUUAGGUGGUGGUGGUGGUAGUGGUGGCACAGGACCGAUCAGCACCGAUCAGAACCAACAUUACGGUGGCGCAGCAAGUGCCGGAGGUUCGUACGGUGGUAACAAGGACCCCCGACCGGGUCACCAUCCCGGCGGUGCCGGCAGCCCGACGAACGAAUACGGUGGUAACCGAGGGUCCGAACACCAGGGAAACCGGGAAACAGAUCAUCGGCAGCAGAGGUGA